GGUUGAAAGUGAUAAGAGGCACAGACAGAAAGACAGACAGUGAGGUUGCACAGCGGAGAAAGUUAGUCUGCUCUGUGUUCAUCAUGGAUUUAUCACGUGGGGCUCUGAUCCUGUUCUCUCUAAUAUACUCAGUGGCUGGUCAGGCUCCUGUCAUCUCAGUGGAGCCACGAGCUGCUACUGUGCGCAAAGGAGAGUCUGUCAGUUUUAGGUGCAAUGUAAAACUGACAGACUCUAACCCACGGCCACUCGAGGUACAGUGGAAAAAGGCCAACAACCAGGCAUUACCAGACAACAUAAAAGUCGGUCCUGAUGGGUCUGUGCUCACGGUUACUAGCGCUGUACCUGGAAACAAUGGGCAGUACCGCUGUAUGGUAUCCUCCGCUGCUGGCCGCAGCACCGCCAGCGUUAUGCUGACCGUCAAAUAUGCACCUAAAGUACGACUAACACCUUCGGGGCCGCUGAGAGUCAGGAAAGGUGAGGCCGUGUCAGUGGAAUGCCGUGCCCAAGGCAGGCCAAAUCCCACGCUGUCCUGGAAACGCCAAGACUCCACCCUGAAGCUGGUUACCGCUGACGAAAAUGAUGUCAACACCAUCAAGUUUCCUGCGAUACAUCCAGAUGACUCGGGAGUUUAUAUUUGCCUCGCUGAAAACACUGAGGGGAUGACUGAGGCCAAAAUUGAAAUCAUUGUCGAGAGGGAGCCCGGGUCGCCGGUAGCUUCAGUGACCCCUACUGAAAUUACGGCAGUGGAGGGACAUACAGUCACAAUAGAGUGUCAGGCCAGUGGUUCCCCUCCUCCUCUUAUCACCUGGUCCAAGCUACGAGCUCCACUGCCAUGGAAACACACAGUUAAUGGUGGCGUUCUAACACUAACCAGCGUGGGGCGCCAAGACUCGGGACAAUACAUCUGUAACGCGACUAACAUACAUGGCUACAGUGAAGCUUACUCAGAUAUGGAGGUGGAGACACCCCCAUACACCACCAUCCUACCCGAUCAGGUGAGGCUCCAACCCGGAGAUGCACUGCAGUUGCAGUGCCUUGCCCACGGCACUCAUCCCAUUCAGUUCACAUGGAGUCGGGUGGGCCGGCCCAGCCUGUCUCCCACAGCAGAGCUCACAAAUGAGGGAAAGCUCCUGAUAGCCAAAGUUAAACAAAGCGACAGUGGAACAUACAAAUGUGUGGCCACAAACCACAUUGGCUCCACUGAGGCUACAACCAGAGUGAUCAUAAGAGCUUAAGAAAACCCAGCGUGUCUCGUUGGUGAACAUCUAUGCAGUGCUUACACCUUGUGCAAGAAUGGAUCGUAAUGCUGAUGACGCUCUGGCGUUUAAUUGAAAGAAACCAGAGAAAAGACUUAAUAGAUUCAUCUACAUUGAUGUUUGAUUAAGCAAAUUAUGCUGAGAUUUAAAUAUUUGGCAUUACUAAGCAUGUUGGGUUAAUUUUCAUAUUUUGCAGAAAAUCUUUACUCCUACUAUUGUUGUUGUCUCGUAUCAGCUUUCAGGAAGCUUUUACUGGAACUCUGCAUCGACUGACAGCUAACAGCAUGUAUGUGUGGGAGUUUUUUCUUCCACUGGAAUGCAUCUGCACACUGUCCUCCUCCCUUCUUGUCAUCUCCUUAGCUUACACUGUCAAAA